CUGAAAAUCCAAAGUCAAUUAAACAAUCCGACGUUCAGGCCGCAGCCGCCAGAUUAAAACCACAUAUCUUGAACACACCAUGUGUUGUAAGUAUGAGAGUAUCUAUAGUCACUUUUACACGUGAAAUAAUACCUAUAUUGUAGGGGGUAGCCCUACACAUUUAAUUGAUAGCUGAUAACAAUGAUAAUUGAUAGGAUUGAUAGCUGAUAGAAUGAUAAGGAGGAUGUUCUGAGGAAAUAGUAUAAGGAGACGAAAAUGCUACAACCGAGUCGAAUGGUUACAAUAUUCAUAAUACAAAUCCGCGGCAACCAUAAAGGCGCUGCGAACAGCACAAAAUGUGCGGUACACCGUACAUAUAUGAUCAAACGAAUUUAAACAAGUGAAGUUCAAUUAAUAUUUAAUGAAUACACUUCAUUCCAAUAUUUUAAAGUAUAUUAAAUUCACAGGCAUCUCAUCAUCAACGAGAUUUUGUCAUGAAUUUAUACUACAAGUUAGAAUCGCUCCAAGCGAGUGGCAGGUAAAAGACCGCAAGAUUCAACGUCUUUAUCAAUUUUACAAAAAAGCAACCUCCAUACAGUUAUUAUCUUUUCAGUUUCAAAGAUAGAGGAGCUUUAAAUGUUCUGCAACUGCUUCCCUUGGAUAAAAAGAAACUUGGUGUCGUUAUAGCUUCCAUAGGAAACGAAGCAGCGGCUCUCUGUUAUCAUGCUUCUAAACUGAGUGUCCCGGUCAUUGUGGUGAUGCCACACAAUGUCCCAAUAGCGAAACUACAGAAAUGCUACAGUUUAGGUGCCAAGGUACUCGUGCAAGGAAACAAUUUGAUGGAAUCCCAAAGAUACGCAAGAGCCAUUGCUCGUGAUAAAGGCCUCACCUUCAUCAAUGGCCGUGACCACCCACAUGUCCUCGCUGGCUACGGUACCCUGGCACUGGAAAUAUUGGAUCAGGUACCCAACGUAGACGCUGUGCUGGUGCCUGUGGGAACUGGUGGACUGGCAGCUGCCGUCGCUUCUGUCAUCAAGGAUCACAAACCAAACUGCCUGGUUUAUGUUAGAUUUUUUCGUAAUAAUUUCAUCACCUACAUAAUUAAAUAUAAUAAUGUAAAUAGCUAUUUGCCUUAUUAAAUUAAAUGUCUCAUCGAAAACCAUCGAAGCUUAAGAGUUACAUGCUUGUUUAAACCUUUUUAUGAUCCAGGGAAAAUGCGUAAGGCAC